AAUCAUUUAACUAACCCAGAAAAAAAAACUAGAGAAAACCCUAUUCGCAAACAUCCAAUGGAUUCAGCAACAAGCACCAUACAUCACCUCCCAGAUGCGAUACUGACGGAGAUUCUAGCGAGGUUACCCUUAAGAAGCAUCUCUAGAUUGAAAUCCGUUAGCAAAACACUGAAAGCAACACUCGAAUCUGUGUACUUCAGACGUCUCUUUGUGUCUCUACAUAAGGACUCCUCUUCCUCUUGGUCGUUAUGUUCACACAGAGGAAAAAAACUGAUAGGGUUCCAUGGAUGCAAGACAUGGGAUCUUCCAAAGUCUCUAGGUUCAUUCAUCUCAGUGCCUCUUGGUUUUAAGUUUAAGGCUUCUUCCAAUGGAUUGGUUUUGAUCGAAAGAUAUGAUCAUGAUUGCUCCUAUGUGGGCAAUCCAGUUUUACAACAGUGGGUCAAGAUCCCUCAGCUUCCAUGUGGUUAUUGUGGUAUGCUUGGUCUGGUGACUCGCGUGGACGAGGACGGCGUCGUUUUGGGUUUCAAAGUGGUUAGGAUAGCUUCGUCUGUAAUGAGGAAUGAUCAUGCCUCCUAUACCUUAAAUAUGUUUGUGUAUUCCUCUGAGACAGGGAUUUGGACUUCCAAGAUUCUUCAAUGCCCUCAUCUAAUCACCGGAUACGGUGCUAGGGCUACGAAUCUGAAUGGUACUAUUUAUUUUGUCACUCUCCAUGUACCUGGAGUAGUCUUAGCUCACGAUUUCUAUUCCGAUUCUGAUCAAUUCAUGUUUGUACAUUUACCGGAGCAUUCCAAUCACAGCAACAACGGUGGGGUGGACGGAGCCUUGACUACAUCCGGAGGGUUCGUCAUGUAUAUGAAAUCAUUAGUUCAAAAGAGAGGAACUGUUUUGAAGGUUUGGAGAUUGAACAACGAUGAAUCUUGGCAACUCUUGUGUGAGAUUAAUGGUAGUUUUGUACCCAUAGCGAUGCAUCCAUUUGAUAGUGAUAUUGUCUAUCUGUGGCACCAAAAGAGUCCUCAUCAUCUGGUAUCAUGUAACUUUUUUGAUAAGCUGGUAUCAUGUAACUUGCGGACGGAAACACUCAUCGAUCCAGCUAGAGAAUAUGAUGGAGUUUUUUACAUGAACCUGUCUGGUUUUGAGGAGUAUAUGGAUGAGAUAGGGAGUUCAAGAGCAUCAGAUUGGAACUAUGGAGCUUUAAACGGGUUAUUUCAAUCCGUGCUCCCACGGUGGAUGGAACCAGUGCCUCGUCCUCCCCAAGUUGAGAUGAUAUAUACAACUUCACUACCUUCUUACGUUGCAUGCUGCUUAACUGAACAAGAGGAGAAAGAGGAAUAGAGGCAACGAUAUUGUCAUUUAAAUUCAGUGUUUUCAGUAUAUUUUCUUCUCUUGUCUUUGGGUUUAUUUAUAUAGCCAUGUGGACUUAAAACAUGUCUUCGGUUUUAUUUUGUGCCUAGUUUCUUGUUUCUGACAAGAGUAUUAUCAUGUA